AGACAAAAGUCCUUAAAUCUAAUAAUCUUUAGUUCAGAGAGAAUUUUAACGGCCAAAAAAAUGCAUAGACAUAAUUUGGUACAUGUUAAAGUUUGGGGGAGAAAAAUUCUAAUUAGCCAAAGCUACUUAAAACAAAAUAUGGGACUAUCUCCGGACCCUCUCCUCCUCGCAAGCCCAACCUUUGCAGUCGUCCUCCGCACUCAUCUUUCAUCGUCACGCAUCUCCUCCGAACAACCAUGAAACAUCUGAGCAUACUUCUUUUUCUUUUUAUUUGGUUUUAAUGGGGCCAAGAUGGAAAGGAAAGGGGUCAGAAGCCAAAGCUCUUGCUGACCCCAUGUCGAAAAUAGUGUUACAACUUCAAUCUUCUCUAAUCAAAUCAGAGGCUCAAGGAUUACUUUGUGGCUGCAGUGUUCUUCUUGGUACAGAAGCACAAGAAGCCGAUCUCCUUAAUCGCUCAUGUUUUGGUGUACCCAUUACUACAGCUGAGAAAAGUAAGCAAUGGUUUCAGCUGGGCAUGGAGGAAGCUUUUUACCUUCAUUAUUCUCUCAAGUGCCUCAUGAUAGUUGACGAAAACAAACACUUGAUGAAUGAUGAACAGCUAUGGCUUUACAUGAAAUCCAAGAAAGAGACUUCCCCUGAUUUUUACAAAGCUUAUUCGCAUCUUCGAAUGAAGAAUUGGGUUGUGAUGUCUGGGGUUAGAUAUGGUGUGGACUUUGUUGCCUACCGUCACCAUCCAGCUCUGAUCCAUUCUGAGUUUGCUGUGCUUGUUUUAUCACCAGAAGAAGAAAAUGGUUGCUGGCAUGGAAACUCAAGGUUGAGGACUUGGUCUGAUAUUCAUUGCACAACUCGGCUUUGUGGUGGUGUUGUCAAGACAUUGUUAGUCCUUAAUGUCAGUAGAAAUGGUGAUAAUGCUAUAACUCCAUCAUGCACUGAAAAAUUCACUGUUUAUGAGUACACAAUAGCAAGAUGGCUUCCAGAAAGAUGCCGUGAAGAUCACAUGGUAGUUAAAAGUAAAACUAGUGACUGUACAGUAGCUGAAGAUGGAACCAAUAUGCAGGUUCCUUCUAAAGUUUUAGGAACACCACCUAUUGAGGAAGGAUGAAGUUAUAGGCAGUUAUACAACCAGAACUCAUUACACAAAUGUAAGUUUGUGAACAUAGUUUACACUUUCAGGAAUAUUCAUUUCUGUUUUCCUAUGCUGUAAUUGACUAAUUUAUUCUCUUGCCAAAUGACCAGUUGCUCUCAAAUUAAAUUAUUGAAAUUAGAUUCUCUCA